UUUAAAGAGCGAGCGGAUGACGCGAGAGCGGCACUCGCUGCUGAAGCGACGCAGGGAGCAGAACCCGAACCCCAGGAGCAGGCGGAGGAAACACGAACGUCAACCACCACCGCCACCAGCAGCAGCAGCAGAAGGUCACACAAUGGCCAUCCCGCCGACGUGCACGCGAUUCUCGGACGAGUACACCUUGAUGGAGGAGCUGGGCAAGGGCGCCUUCUCCAUCGUGCGCAAAUGUGUGAAGGUCGCCACCGGUCAGGACUUUGCCGCCAAGAUUAUCAACACCAAGAAACUCUCCGCCCGAGAUCACCAGAAGCUGGAAAGGGAGGCUCGGAUUUGCCGCAUGCUGAAGCAUUCCAAUAUCGUGCGUCUACAUGACAGCAUCUCGGAAGAAGGAUUCCAUUACCUGCUCUUCGAUCUCGUGACCGGAGGGGAAUUGUUCGAAGACAUCGUGGCGCGGGAAUACUACAGCGAGGCCGACGCCAGCCACUGCAUCCAGCAGAUCCUGGAGGCUGUUCUGCACUGCCAUCAGCUGGGCAUCGUGCACAGGGACUUGAAGCCCGAGAACCUGCUGCUGGCGAGCAAGACUAAAGGGGCGGCGGUGAAGCUGGCUGACUUUGGCCUGGCCAUCGAGGUGCAGGGCGAGCAGCAGGCCUGGUUCGGUUUUGCUGGCACGCCGGGAUAUCUGUCCCCGGAGGUGCUCCGGAAGGAUCCGUACGGAAAACCCGUGGACAUGUGGGCGUGCGGAGUGAUCCUGUACAUCUUGCUGGUUGGGUACCCUCCCUUCUGGGAUGAGGAUCAGCACCGCCUGUAUCAGCAGAUCAAGGCCGGAGCCUACGACUUCCCGUCGCCCGAGUGGGACACUGUCACCCCAGAGGCCAAGAGCCUCAUCAACCAGAUGCUGACGAUAAAUCCGGCCAAGCGUAUCACGGCCUCGGAGGCCCUCACCCACCCCUGGAUCUUCCAACGCUCUACCGUGGCGUCGUGCAUGCACAGGCAGGAGACGGUCGAAUGCCUCAAGAAGUUCAACGCCCGGCGCAAGCUCAAGGGAGCCAUCCUCACUACCAUGCUCGCCACGCGGAACUUCUCAGCGGCCAAGAGCCUGAUGAACAAGAAGACGGACGGCGUGAAGGAGUCCACAGACAGCAGCAACACCACUCUGGAGGAUGAAGACCUCAAACUGCGCAAGCAAGAGAUCAUCAAGGUGACGGAGCAGCUGAUUGAGGCGGUCAACCACGGAGACUUUGAGGCCUACACGAAGCUCUGUGAUCCAGGGAUGACGUCCUUCGAGCCGGAAGCGCUGGGAAACCUGGUGGGAGGGAUGGAGUUUCACAAGUUCUACUUUGAAAACCUUUUCUCAAAGAGCCAGCGGCCCGUGCACACGACAUUGCUGACGCCACACGUGCACUUGCUGGGCGAGGAGGCGGCGUGCGUGGCCUACGUGCGGCUCACGCAGUACGUGGACAACGCCGGCGUGCCGCGCACGCAGCAGGCCGAGGAGACGCGCGUGUGGCACCGGCGCGACGGCAAGUGGCAGAGCGUGCACGCGCACCGCUCGGGAGCGCCCACGCAGCACGGCAGCGCCAACUAGGAGACUGAAGACAAACUGAGCCGGGUCUCCCAACUGCCUCUGAACAGAGGAGACACGCACACACACGCUCUUGGACAGACACAUGCACUCUCACACAUACAUACACACACACGUACUAGCAGACACAUACACGCUCUUGGACAGACACAUGCACUCUCACACAUACAUACACA